ACUCGGUAAAAGGAGUAACCACGGCAAUUACAAUGGCGUUUACAUUUGCAGCAUUUUGCUACAUUCUUGCUUUAAUUCUGACUGCUGUUUUGAUAUUUUUUGUAAUAUUUCACGUAAGUAAAGAAUCUAUGUAACUUUGUUGUCACAAAAUGGAUAGAAUAAAGUAGCGCGUUAAUAUCAAUGAAUUUCUGAUUUUACUGAACUGGCACUCAACUGAGCACUUGAUUAUUGAAUCACAAUGACAAUGACAAUGAAUGAUGAUUAUUACUAUUUAUUGAUCAGAAUCAGAGGAAGCCACUAAAUGUAAAGACAGUUCUUCAUUUAUGCUGUUCGCACCAUAAUGUUUCUCCAUGGCCUUGUUGGUUGCCAUGACCAAUCACACGUCUGCUAAAAUGGGGAAGGAAGAGAAGAAUGUGCUGGUUUAUCAAUCUAUUUUUAUUUACUGAGAGAAGCGAAAAUCGGGAAAAAAACUUUGAAAUUUAAUACAAAGUGUCUACAUGUCCGGCGACCGGAUGAAAAAUUCUCGAGAUAUUCGUUUAGCAACCAGGGCACAUGACAGCCGUAACAAAGUUGGGCUAGAUACCUGUCCGUCAACCUUGUCAUGUGACCGCUAAUAACUAAUAGUCGAUCGUAAAACUGGCGUUGGAGAUGCAUGGGGAAGGGAAGGAGGGCGGCGAAGAUUAUACACUUCAUUUCAAGAAAUAAGUUGGGAGGGGGGGGGGAGCAUACUUGAAGUAAGAAGAAAUACUGAAUAGAGAAAGGAUAAAAAUGAUAGUGAGGGUAAUAAAUAAUAAAGGCGGGGAGGUCGAAAGCUCACAAAGAAAUAGACACUAAAUAUAGGGCCAAUAUAAUUAUAAUGCUGUGUGCAGUUGGGGUAGCCUACUUCUCACGCAAUAUUAAUAGCUUAUAAUAAAACUUUUUUGACAGUAGACUGUAGAUCUAUUGACAGUCAACUGGCAAGUAUUGGUCUUAUUUUCUUUGGUUCAUAUUUUAAAUUUAGGCCACUAGGUAGAGCUUUAUAAGAUAUUUAAACCAAGAUAAUAGACUUUUUUUAUUUUGCCGGCGACCUCUUGUCACAUGACAUGUCUGCCGGAAUAAUAACACAUACUCAGUCGUCCAGAGGUCACGUGACAUGCCUGCCGGAAGAAUAUCUCCCCGAUGUGUAGACGAUGCCAAUUUAAUAAUAUUAAUAAUAAUAAAUAAUUGCAGCAGGAAGGCCGACAUAAAUUUUUGGGCGAUCAAAGCUAAUUUAUUGUAUCCAUUGAGAUAAUGGGCAAGAAGCAUCAGUGACCUGGGGUUUCUCCUUUCCUUACGUAAUUUCAGCCUGUACAUGCUCCUUUCCCUCAACUAAAACGUGUGUGUAGCUACACUAAAGUUAGACACUGUGAUUAAAAAAAAACCCUGUGGAAAAUGAAGAAAAACAAUAAAAAAUAAUUUUAAAAUAAUGAAAACCCAACUUACAGAGUCUUGGAAUAAACUUUUCCAACACUUAAUUGCACAUUCCAACAAAAAGAAAAUCCAAAGGUUGUCAGAAAAUCAAUAUACUAAUUUUCCAAAAUGCCGGAAAUUUAAAUAUUAAAAUUAACCACCCAAAAAAUUUUAAUAUGACUGUAUUAAAGAAAAGUUAACUCUAGUAAGAACACAAGAAUAAACAAAAUGGAGAGAAUCCUACACACACAUAUGUCAUGGCGUGGAUUGCGGAAAUUGACUCCUAUAUGUUUUCAUAAAUAAAUGAUGAUUAGUGAUUAACAAGCCACUCAAAGCUUUCCACACAAAAAUAUUAAAAUUAAAUUAUGAAUUUUCGUUGAUUUAACAUACUGACUUAUUAGGUACCACCAGCACUUUGGGGAAAAAUAGAAAAUACAGUUGCAGAGAGAAACCAUCAAAUAAAAAAAUGAAACCAUAAUCAACUUUCUAAGCUUCAGUGUGGCAAUUAGACAAUAUGUAAAAUUUCUCUCAAAGUGCCUAGGCCAUAGGCUUUACUUUAUUACUUUUUUUUUUUACUACGGACUGUACCUCCACAUUUUAUGAUGUAAUUCAGCUGAUGGCAUCACAUGCUAUAACUCUUGUUUAAAUUAUAAUUUUAUGCAACUUUUAUUUUCAGGGUCAAUGAAAGUUCUAAUUUUAAAAGUAAUUUUAACACUAUCACCAUUAUGCCGUUUAUAAAUGAAUUGUACUUAUCUAGCUAUGUAAUAUGCAUUGCCAGUAAAUUGAAUAAAUAGGAUAUGGGUUUUCUUUUUACUAGGGGUGUGCCGGAAUCCGGUCCGGAAUGCGGUUCCGCCGGAUUUUGCACUAUCCGGUGAAAUCUGGUUCCGCCGGAUUUAUAUGUAAACGGAACAACCGGAUUCCGGAAUCCGGAAUAUACCGGAUUUCGGAAUUUGCCAGAUUUUGUGACUCACCGGAUCAUAAUCUGAAAUAAAAGUAAUUCUCUUUCCCGAAUUCCACACGAUCACGAUACAUUAAUCGAUUGUUUCGAGCGUUGAGCUUGUUUAAUGUUUAAUAUUCCGUACAUACCAGAGGCUAGAGUCAGCACCGCUAAUAGUGGCCAAUAGUGUAGGGACUUUGAUAAGAAAAUUUAAACUUUUUGUAAAAAUAAACCAAUGGCAUAGUUGAAAAGAUGUAAUUUUUUAAAGAAUUAUAACACCAAAAUCAUAUUUUUAGCUGUUGUAGUUUUAAAGUUAUGAAUUUUUAAAGUACGACUUGGUUUGUCAUUUUUUAACAUGGACUGCAUCUCCACAUUCUGUGAUCUCAUUCCACCAAUCCCGUCAUGCGCAAUGACUAUAUAGUUUAUAUAAGGCAACGCAUUCCCUGCCUUAUCACUAAAAUACUGUUUAGACUUAGUUUAAACUUUCAACUUUGGCACAUGAAUAAUUAAUUAAAGCUUUCCCUGACCAAUGGUUUAAUAGUUUUUGCACACGGCAAACUCUUAUGAAUGAAACUCUGAGGUAGUACUACGAUACAGUUAUGCAAGUGGCUGUGAAUGGUUGCCAAUGACAACGUGUUGCACACGGUAAAUUCUGAUCAUUUAUAAUAUGGAUUCUACCGGGUUGUUAAAGCUCAAAUUAAAACAUUCCAGUUUAAAUGUCUUUAAAUGCAUUCUGAAACACAAGUUAUCAAUUAUUUUGAUGUAAAUAGUGAUAAUAAAUUAAUAUUUCCUAAGUAUCGUCAACUUCCGCCAUUAAAAAGGGGGGCGUGGCCAACCCCAUGGCGAAAUUAGGUUGAGCGAGCUGCAUGACCUGCUGCGAACGCGUAGAAACAUGGCGUCUCUCGUAAGACACUUAUCCAAAUGGAACGGAACUCAAAUAUAUAUCGAAAGUACUAAUUUAAUAAUAAAUAGACACACACAUCGGAAAAUUAAAAACUCGGAUUUUUUGGCGCCGAUUGCGAAUUCCCAUACACAAAAAGUAGUAGUCCACCUUGACUUACCGAAGUAUCUACCAAUAGUACCAAAAUCCGGAAUCCGGGAGAAACCGGAAUCCGGAUUAUUCCGGAAUCCAGAUCCGGAUCCGGCGGAUUUCGCAUAAGAAAAUCCGGAUCCGGUUGGAAAAAACGGAUCCGGCACACCCCUACUUUUUACUAAGUCUAAGGCAUCCAUUACAUAUAUAAUUUGCAAGGCAAGGCAUACCCCUACAAAUAAUACUGGUUUGGCGCUACUUAUUUUUAAAAUUCUACUUUUGCACAUGACUAAUCAAUUAAAGCUUUCCCCUGACCAAAGGUUUAAUAUUAUUUGCACACGGCAAUGUCUCAUAAAAAACCUAUGAGAAUAAUACUUAAGUAGCAUUGCAUAUGCAAUUGACUGUGAAUGGUUGCCUAUGACAACAUCACUGCUCACUGCAAAUAAUGAUAAUUUAUUAUAUUGACUCUACCAGGUUUUUUAACCUCAAAUUAAUAAUUGGUAAUAAAUUAAUAUUUCUUAAGUAUUGGCAUCUUCCACCAUUGAAAAGGGGGUAUGGUCACAUCAAAGCAAAGUUGGGGGGAACGACCUACUUAAUAUACUGCUAAAAUAUAGAACCAUUGUGUCUCUUGUAAAACAUUUAUGAAAUUUGCCAAACAUAAAGAUGAAUAUAUUCCCUAGGGCUAUAUUAAAAAUUAUAGGGUAUAUUUUAAAGUUUAACUUAAUCUUAAUGAUGAAAGAUUCCUUAUAUUUGUAGAGUAUGGGAGUUCAUUAGUAUUUGUUGCGACUGAAUAUUAUGUCAUUAGUUGUUGAACGCUUUUCCCGCGCUUGACUCUUAUAGUUAGUGAACGCUCUUCCCGCCAUUGUCUCUAUGAUGUAUUUUUAUGCUGAUUCGUGACUUAUUGUCUAUACUGUAUUGUCACGGUCAGAUCGUGUGAGUUUUCUGUGUCAACUUUUAUAAUGUUAAUUUGACCAAUCGUGGGUGAGUUUAUUUUCCCCAUGUGCCCCACGAGUUUUUAUUUUUCUCGGUCAGUGUAUGACCGGUGUGCUGUGUCGGGAGGAACCACGUGUUUGAGAUGAGUUUUUUAAGGAGUGAAUAGUGGUGAGUGCUGUGGAUAUGGUGUAUGAUUUUUGUCUUGUGAAGGCAGUGAGUUUUUCUACGAAUGGAAGAGGACUUGUGUAACUUUAACUGUUUUGUAUAGUAUGUGGAGUUUUUUUAUUCUGAACACCAGUGCUUAUUUCUAAUAAAGUUUUCCAUUGUUAGGCACACAUAGCCAAUAAAUAAGAAAACCUGAAUCUCUGAAUUGUUUGUUGAUACUUGGAGCAAGAGUCAGCUCUGUAGGAGCUAGAAAUAAAGGGGUUCUAGACCCUUGAAAAAUUGUUCUGUGGCUAGUACGCAGGGGACCGACCUCUAGACAACGUACGUCAUGUCACAUGUAUUGUGACGUAUGUUUUAGUCGUGGGGCAGUCUUGAGUGGAACUUUGGAGUGGUAGGAUGUGUAUUAUUUAUGUCUGAUAGCGAGCUGCGCUAUAUUCACGUGUUAUGUGUAUAAUAUUUACUUAGACAUUAAAGUUAUAAUUAUUAUGAAAAGGAGUUGAGUUUGUUCAGUGAUAGUAGGAAUAGUACGACGCAUUCAACGUGUGAAAAGAACUUGACGAAUAUAAUCAAUCCAAGAAGACUUAGGAGUUGACAAUAUUAGUCAAGGAUUUUUUCAAAGUUGGCUGAUUGUAAAUGAAAAAGAAAUAUAUUGAAAUGUAGACCAAGAUGCCCUCCAAAGCAAAAGGAUGGAACACAACUGUGAGACAAAAUAAUUAUUUUAUGAAUGAAAUAGCAUUAUCAUAAAAGAAUGUAAAACUUUUAUUUUCCUGCGUCUAUGCUCAUUUCCCAUACAAAAUUUUUAGUAGUCUUCCUUGCUUUACCGAAGUGCCUAGAUUUACUUUACUGCCUUUGGCUGUCGCCUUUAGUAAUACCAAUAUAAAUUAUCCAUUUUUAUUAUGACAUGCUGUAAAGAAAAACAUAAUUGUGUUUAAUUGUUCUAAAAGUUAUACUAUAGUAUAGUUAUAUAUAUUUUUAUUAUAUAGUGAAAAGGCUAUGAUGACAUGUGUAUGCGAUAUAUUUAUUUAUUAUAUAUUAGAUUUUAUCAGUCUAACUUAUAUUUUGUUUAACUUAUAAGAAAGACAAGAGGGAAAGGGAGUCAAAAUAAAUUGACUUCAACAAGGCUGUUUCAAGUAUUUUCUAUUGAAUUAAUAUGUAUUUUUUUAAAAAACUCUUAAAUUUAAAUAGACAAACAGUUGUACAAUAGUUUUACAUUUUAAAAGCUAUAAAUUGUCUUACAGUUUCAAAUUGCCAAAAAAAAAGCUCUGACACUCCAUUUUCGGGCCUACAAAAUUCAAAGUGACUGAGUAGAGCAAGUGACUGGGUGAAUAACAACAGCUUCCACUGCUUCAAUUUUAUAAUUUUGGCAAUGGGCCUGUACAUUACAAUCAACACUUUCUGUUUCCAUCAUUCUACAGAAAGUAGGCCAUUGUUACCAGAUGAUAACUAUCAAAAUAUAUAUUAAAUGUUAAUAGUGUCUAAAGUCCUGAUUGCGUUGUGCAGUUUUAAAAGAAAAACUGAGAUUGUGCGUAACAUGGGGGCGAUCACAGGUCAUCUGCAGAUUUUUAGAGACACAAAUAAAGAAAGCUGUACUCAGUGCUAAGUUUAUCAGCAGUAAAUAAUGCCCCUACUGCUAGUAAGAAUAUGUAAAACAAAAAGGUCAGCGUCACUGACAUUAAUUUCCUAGUUAAUAAGGUACGUUGAUUGGUUGAUAUUUUUUAACCAGAUGUUUUUACCAAAUAUCAUUGUGUUACCAGUAUUUGUAGGACCAUUCACUCAACAGAAGAAGAGAGAUGUACAUUUAAUUUUGUGCUCAGCCUCUGCACCUAUUUUUAUUGCCAAAUUCUUGUGAAACUGGCAUGCUUCAUCCUCCUCUUACCAUUUAUUUUAGAUCUUAAAAUAUCAGCACAAUCUCUGUGUGCAAUGACUCAUGACUAACGCCAACAAUCUUUCUUCUGACAGCAUUCUUUUUGUUGAGGAGAAGGUGGUCAUUUUUUAAGCCUGUGUUGGAUGGAGCGAGAUAGGUCCUAAGCAUAUAAUACGAUGAGUAGAGCUAAUGGGAUCAUCAAGGUCAGGGAUGGCGGUAGGGGAGCAGAAAUCGGGGGCACUGAAGGCUCCAGAGCAAAAGUUGGGGAGUGGUUCUGUGCCUCUAGGGAUUUCCACAGAUUAUUUCUAGUUUAGAUAUAUUUUGUAUUUGAAAGUGUGAACCAGUACGAAUCAUAAACAAAAAAAGCACUGUCCUACAAGAUGCUGCUUCAUAGACUCAACUCACGUAGGGAUCCUAAAUGCAGAAUCUGUAACCUGGCUGCAGAAACAGUGGAACACCUAAUCCCAGAGUGCCCACUUCCAGGGGGGGGGGAGGGGGUUGACAGGUCAAACCUGGAAACCUGUGUUAAUCGCUUAAUUUUUCAUGACUCCCUCUUGAUGAGGCUCAUCUAUGAUUUGCAAGACAAGAUUAUAUGAGUGUCGGCUCAACCCUACAAGAGAGUGAAUUAAUAUUAAAUUAACAAAUAUAAUCAAAUAUUUUCAAUUAAUAAAAAAAAAAAAACAGUCCAUUUUAAUUUUUGUUACAUUAAAAAAAUUAUUAAUGAUGUUUUAAAUGCUUACAGAUUAUUGCCUUUGAUGAACUUAAAACAGACUACAAAAAUCCAAUAGACCAGUGCAACAGCUUGAAUCCUGUAAGUAUUUAAUAAUAAAUUUAUUAAAAUUUGAUUUGAUUUUGUGUUUUUGUUAUAGAAAUCUUUAUCUAGGCCUAGUAAUUUGAUUUGAUUUUGUGUUUUUGUUAUAGAAAUCUUUAUCUAGGCCUAGUAAAUUAUUGAAAUUAUAUAAACUUUAAAAAAAAAAUAAUAAUCAAAUUAAUGCAAACAUUUUGGUAUGGCAAAAGUCUUGGCAUACACAUAGGAUUGAAUAGAAGUUUCAGGGUCUUUUUUAAAGGGCACCAAAUCUUUUGAUUGGCCGAAAAAUAAGAUAUACCUCACAACUCUAAAUGCGAAUAAUUAAAUUGAACUGGCAUUAAAUACACUAUUUUUACGUUUGUGUUUUUUUCCCAGCUGGUAAUACCUGAGUAUGGCAUUCACAUGCUUUUCACAGUACUGUUUUUAUUUGCUGCACAGUUUGGCACUGUAAUUUUUAAUUUACCACUUAUGGUGUACCACAUAAGGAGGUGAGUUUUUAAUAAUUAUCUAUAACCACUGAAUAUUUUUUUUCUUCCCAUUCAGCUAUUAGUGAUAACAAAGUGUAAAGUUCACCAUAAUGUUGUUUUUUUUUGCUCAACAGAUCUACAGAAAAUAGCCCUUUGCCAAACUUUUUGCUAUUUUGAAAAUCAAUUUUGAACAAAAAUGGUCUAUAAUUCUUUGGAAAUAACUCCCAUGUGUCAAGUAGUAAUUAUAACAAGGGGGGAGACUGCAAUCAGGUUUGGUAAAAGAAAUAUGUAGAAGACGGUAUGGGAAAACCUGGGGGAAAAAAUGGCGGAACAAAAUAACGAACUAGUUGGCAAACAGUUCAAAGAGUACGAGUAUAAAAAAUAAAUAUCAAAACUUGAAAUGUUGUAUCCCAUAGAACAGCAAGAGGAAUGAGACUUUACCUUAGUCAUUGUCUCUACCCGUCUGUUUAGUCCUGUUACCAUCUCCAUUGACAUCAAGCUUUUACAGCUUUUGCAUUAGUGUUAUUGAAGAUUUGUAUACACCUUUUGUUGUCGUUAAAUGCAAUUAUUAAUUAUUCAGGUAUCUAAACCGCCCAGUGAUGAGUGGCUUGGGAUUGUAUGAUCCAACAUCCAUCAUGAAUGCAGAUGAGCUAGGCCGAGCUCAAAAAGAAGGCUGGGUUAAGCUGGGAUUCUACUUGAUUUCCUUCUUCUAUUAUUUAUAUAGGUGAGAAACAUUUAAUGCUCUUUAGGAUUUUUUCAUAAAGGACAUCUGUGGAUAGAGAGGUUGGUGGGGUGGGAAUAAAGGAUCUUGCAAACAAGCUCAUUGCAUGUACAAAAUAAAAUGAGUAAAACAGAGUAGGGUUAAACCUGAAAAAAUAAACGAAACAAAACAGCGAACGUGUCGGCAGAAAGCCUUCGUCAGCGAACAAAACAACAGAAAAAACGGUAUAAAAAUAAGAAAUAGCACUUAGCUGGUAAGUAGUAUCUGUGGGCAGCAAUAGAAGUGGGCAUGUACUCCAGUAGCGGUAGGUUUAAACCACCAAGAAAUUAGUUAAAACUCUAAAUUUAUGGUUGCUAUUUAUCAACAAUGCAAGCAAAUUUAAAAAAAAAAACUCUCAGCUCUGGUCUACUAAUCAAAGCAUUUAUAUUAUCAGACUUAAUGAGAAGUUUAAUUCUAAUGACUUUUGGUCUUCAUAAUCUUUAUUAUGCUUCCAGGCUUUUCACACUGUUUAAUACUUGAUGCGGGAGGGGUGUAAUAGCCACAUGCGAAGUAGGAGGGUGGAAUGAAAAAUGCAUAUUUCUGCCCACUUCCUUUAUGACAAACCCCUACUUGGCAUUUUCUUUAAACUUUUAAAUCACAUUUAAAGAUUGCAAUGUUUGAAUAUUUUUGUUAUUCAUGAAAACACACACCUGGACCUUGCAAUUUUUAAAAAUAUUAUGUUUGUUACAUUUUUUAAAAAAAUAUAUCAAUGAUCAAAUGUUAUUUUUUAAUGUAUUUUGAUGAUUCACUAAUUAUUGAUAAAAUAAAGUUUACUUACUUUUUAUCCAAAAUUGAUUAUCUCAGGACAAAGGUAACAACAAACUGCUGCAGCAAUUGUUGUUACCUUUUUUAAAAUGGAUUUUCUAUUAACCACCAUAUCUAAAAUUGCAUUUAUUAUUAUUUCUUUUUUUCAGUAUGAUCUACGUGCUUGUUUCUUCUUGAAUGAGGUGCCUCAUUUCUAAUGUUCACAAAUCAAGACAUUGUGCGUGUAGAACUGCAUGAAACUUAUUAUUUUUCUUUAAAUGUGGUUUUGAUAAGAUUUAUUAUAAUUUUAAAAUAAUUAUUUUUAAUUUCUAAAGAAAUACAAUUUGCACAUUAAGCCAGUCAGUGCAUGCUACACCUAACUAUUUUUUAAUUUAUUUUGAGAUAGUCGUGAUGUCAUGUUGCAACAAUUUAUUUUCUGUGCAGAAUUUAAAUCAAAUCCAAACCGACUGUUCUUCUUAAAACUGAAGCCCUCAGUUGGGUAUAGAAAAGGGCUUUGGAUUACUUCAUAGUAUAAAUGAAACCUUUUUUGUAAUGGCUCAGCUUCUUUGUCAGCAAAACAUAAAUACCUUUUUUUCCUCCCAACUCAAAUGACCUGCAAUGGUCUUUUUACUUUUAAUAGUGAUAAAGUUUGUUGUUUUUUUUUUAAAGAGAAAGUGUUGACUGAUUGUUAAACAAUUAAUCCUUAAAGGGUGAUGUCUGUUAUUCUUAUCUUUAUAUCAAAGCUUUCUGUAUUUAUAUUGACGACUCGUAUGCUCAGUUUUUUUUUUAGCCAAACUCAAAUAAGAGGUGACCCGAGUAAUUGUGUGCGUGAUUUUUGCAACUUGGUUAAAAUUCAAAGAAAUCAUUUGAUAAAUAUUUUUUAAUCUGUGGCUUUUCAUAUAAAUAUCCCUUGUGCUUUUCUUUGAUAAAUUAUUUUAUUUAUGAAAUUUAACAAAUUAAAUUAAAGAACAAGGUAUACAAUUUUUUUUCCUUCUUCGAUAAUUUUUUUUUGUUUAUUAUUGUGCCAAACGGAUCACAUUCAUAUUUUAAUAAUUUCUUCUAUGUAUCGAGUACACCAUCGACUGAUUGAACUUUUGCCUAAGUGGAAAAUAUAUGCAGGUGAAGUUUACAUCGACUGAAUAAUUUUUCGUAUUGAGAAAGUUUUUGUCUAUUCUGAAAAUUUGUGUGUAAUUAACCAUUUUUUCCCCCCUUUAUUUUAUUUGAAUGUCAUCAUACCACUAAUAACAGAGUUGCUUGUUAGGAAUUGAUGAGGUAUGUUUCUUGUUGAAAGUCAAACUCAUCUUGGAACAUCAUUAUCAAUAAUAUUUUAUUUUUGUGCCUGUUCAUCAUUAUAGUUUCAAAAGAUCCAUCAGUACCUUGCUACAAAAUAUUUUUUUUACAAAUAAAUAAAUUUAUAAUCUAUUAUCAUAAUUUUGACUGUUCCUUCAAAGUUGCCUUAGUCUAAAAUAAAAGAAUAAUUUUAAAGUUUUUCAGUCAUUUAGGAAUUUUUGUUUAUAACUGCAACAACGUAAGUUCUUGACCAGGCAGGGGUGCGAGGGGAUCAAAAAAUUUAUUUUCGCCUAUAUCUAUUUAUUUUAAUACUUUUAUUUGGGGUUGGGGGUGGUUAAUGUUUAAAAAUUGAGAGGGGGGGCAGUACUGCAAAAGGGUUAAGUACCUCCACCUGUUUUGUAUUUAUAUUUCAUUCUUUUGCAACUGAUUUUUUUUUCAAAACAUUCGGUUAACAUGUUUGAUUAAGUUUCAAUUAUGUUAAGAAUUAUUAUGUCAUUUUUCUAUCACAUUCAUUGUUAUAUAUUAUUUAAGUUUUUUUAACCAUCGUUUAUUGAGUUCACCAGAGUUGCAAGGUGUGAGUCUGGCAAUUUUAAAUCUUGCAGAGUUCAAGAUGGAUAAGAUUUUGGCAGUAUAAAGAAUGAAAUAUCAGAAAAAAAUUGAGGUUAAGUGACAAGUUAAAUUAAUUAAAUCUUUCAUAAAAAUUAACAUAAUACUGCCUAAGCUUGACUACAAAAUAGCAUCCCUUGAGUUUAUCCUUGCAACUAGCAAUACAUUGUCAGUAAAUUUUGAAUGCAUUUUUUGUGUCGAUAAUCGGCUAAGAUGUGGAUUGAACUUUGCCAUCUCCCUUAUGGCAAUCUUAUUUAUUGUCAUUAGGGUCCUCAUCUCCUUUUCAAGUUUGAUAAAAUUUAACUCAAUUAAACAGUGCAUAUUUAUUAUGUUUUUGUUGGUUUUUUGGUCAUGCUUUUAGUUAAAUUUAGUUAAAGUUAUUUUUAUGUUUUAAGAAGCAAAAUAAUUAAAUGUUCGUAAAUUAAUUUUAACCACACCGAAUAAUUUUUUUUUAUUCCUAGUUUCAGCUAGUUCUAGCUCAUAUCACUUGUUCCCUUGUCAUAUAUAUUAAUUUUUUUUUUAUAAUUACUUUUGUGUUACAAAUUAAAAAUAUUUAGAGCUACAUUUGGAUUUAAUUUUUAAUGCUUCAGUAAAGGUAUCUUGUCAAUAUAACCUGCAUGGAAAAGUUAUGUGAUUAUCAGUGCAACCCAUUGUAGGAAACCAUGUUUUGACAAGGAAAAGGAAUCGAUAAUAAAAUUACAAAAUCAUCUAGUUUACUAGGGAAAAAAAAAGGUCUUGCUAUUAUAUACUGGUACAUGGAAAUAUUUCAUAAUUAUAAUUGGUACAAUAAGUUAAACAUGUUUGUCAUAUUUGAAAAAAAAAGAAUUUAAUGAUAGACCUCUAAUAUAAAUUAGCUUGUAAAGCUCAAUUUCACCAGAAAGCAUAAAAAAAGCUAUCUUCAACUAUUUGGUAUAUGUUGCCAUAAUAAAUAACUUCUUUAUCACUUUCUGUUUCAAUUACCAAUUAAAAAUAAGAUGGUUCUUAAAAUAAAAAUACUUUUUUCAAACAUUACUCUCCUUUGCACCUAGAAAUUCUGAUCAAAUCUGUUUGUCUGUUCCGCAUUAGAUAUAUGUAUAUUUAAAAAAAAAAAAAAAAAAGGAUAUUUUUGGCAGGGUAUUUUCUUGUUUGCCAUUGUUUAUAAUGUCUUAAAAUAGACUAAACAUUAAGUAUGAUGGAUGUUAGUUUUAUUUUAUUUCGUAUCAAUAAAAGCUAUUAAGCGUAAAACAAUUUAAUUUGCCACAGCAAAUUAUGUUGUACACCAACUCACUAUGGGUGUCCGAUAGGAUUUAAUAUUGAUAAUCUAAAGAAUGUGCAAAGCAAAAUAAAAAUAAUUGGUCUUUUAAUAUUUUGUCCUGCAACCUGCCAAAGGCUUUAAUUUUAACCGUUUUAAAGUCUUCUAAGAAGUUACAUUUGUUUAACUAUGUUAAAUGAAUACUCUAAAUUGAUUUUAAAACUUGAACAAACCGCUCUCAAACAUUACACUCAUUCUGAAUCAAUAUUCUUGCCACCAUAUCAUCUCAUUCAAAUGCUACCUUCAGGUCUGUGCGGUGCAGUAUUUUUUGUUUACCCAGUGGCUUUUUUAAAAAAAAUGUUACAAUAUUUUUUUUAUAAAUUGAUUAAAAAAAAACAAUAAUGUGUUUC